AUGCCACCAGAAACAUUGUCCGUGUUUGCUGGAAACUCACGUUUACUUGGGAAGGGUAACUAUGCAGUUUUGGAUGAAAAAUCAUUGAGGCAGGCACAUGCAUAUGUUUUGAAGAAUUGCGAUGAAGUGUUGGAAUAUGCAAGAGAACACAAACGAGAACUUGCAUGUAAUGGUUGCGUUAAUGUGGAAAAGGUGCAUGACGAUUCUUUUUCGACAUGGUUUGAACGAGUUAUAUGUGCACCCAUCGUGGAAAACCCAACAGUUAAUGAAAAUCUCUUGCACUUAGCAUAUGGUCCUGAUAAACGAGUAACUCGUUACGAGGCUUGCAUUGUGAGUGGUUUGCGAUUUCACACAAAACAACGUGAGGUGAGCAAAAGAACUCAAAAUUCUGGGGUAAUGGUAAAAGGUGAAGAGGCUUCAGGGCUUCGAGAUUACUAUGGUGUGUUGACAGACAUAAUUAAAUUAGAUUACUUGGGAAAUCAUGAAGUCGUGUUAUUUAAGUGUGAUUGGUUUGAAGGAAAGUCGAUCCAGAAGGAUAAGUAUAACUGUGUAAGUGUGAAUUUGUCAAGGCCAUGGAAAACAAAUGAACCAUACGUGCUAGCAUCUCAAGUGCAACAAGUGUUUUAUGUUAAUGAUAACAAACUGGGAAAAGAUUGGAAAGUUGUCGUAGAGACACAAGCUCGAAGCUCAUGGUCUGUACUUGAGAACAACGAUAAUGAAUGCACAGUGGUUCAUGAGUUAUCCCAGCAAAAUGAUGAUCUUAUUGAGUGGCAAAGAAAUGAUAUUCCUGGCACUAGUAUCGCGGCAAACCUUGUGAAACCAGCAGAAAAUCGCGUCGACUCAUUUAUUGUUGAUGAAGAUGAUGUCGAUGAAGAAGAUUGUACAAUGUUUGAAUAUGAAGAAGAAGAAGACGAAGAAGGUGAAGGUGAAGAAGAAGAUGAUGAAGGAGAUGAAUACGAGGAUGAAGAUGGAACUAAUUAG